AUGUCCGAACGAGGCCAACAACGCGGAGGCCGUGGAGGAGGCAGGGGCGAACAUAGAGGGGGACGGGGUGGUAGAGGAGGCCACGAAGGCGGCAGAGGCGGCGCCCACACUCCCGGCGAACGCCCUAAGAAAGAAAACAUCCUUGAUCUAGGAAAGUACAUGGAUAAAUCCAUUACUGUGAAAUUCACAGGUGGACGAGAAGUCACAGGAACUCUCAAAGGCUACGACGCCCUAAUGAACCUAGUCCUCGACGACGUCUCCGAGGUCCUGCGCGACGACGAAGGAAACACGAGUAGUAGGGCGCUGGGACUAGUUGUUGCGAGAGGGACGCUGUUGGUGCUGGUUAGUCCGUGUGAUGGGAGUGAGGAGAUUGCGAAUCCUUUCGUGCAAGCAGAGGGCGAGGAAUGA